GAUUUUGCCUGAGGUCAUGUUCAGAAUAUUACACUUAAUGGAAGAUUACAGGAAAACGUAGAAUGUCUGGGUAAUACAGCAGUUUAUUGAAGCAGUGCUACAAAGGGGCUUUGGAAAGAAAGGUAAAUACAACCUGAGCAUCCCCUGGAGCCCAUGGUUUCUCUUAAAGCAGUGGAAUGUUGCCCUAAUCUAUUCCUAUUGGUCAGGGAUGUUUUUCCAGAUGGUUAGCUUUUUCCAUAAAAGAUAAGGAUUACUGGACCUGACACACAUUUGUGAGAGAAGUCUCAGAAAGAGCUUUGCAAGAAAAUGGCACCCACUGUUUAUGUAGUCAUACUGCUUUUAUGCCUCGGAUUUACGUAUCCUGUUGUGACUGGGACUUUUAUGGACAAACUUGCGAGCAAGAAGCUAUGCGCUGAUGAUGACUGUGUCUACACUAUUUCCCUUGCCAGAGCAGAAGAUGAUUACAAUGCACCAGACUGCAGGUUCAUUAAUAUUAAAAAAGGGCAGUUGAUUUAUGUUUAUUCAAAGCUAGUGAAAGAAAAAGGAGCUGGAGAAUUCUGGGCUGGCAGUGUUUACGGUGAGCAGUAUGAAGACCAGAUGGGGACUGUUGGUUACUUCCCUAGCAGUUUAGUCUCGGAGCAACACGUCUAUCAAAAAGCAAAUAAAACCAUUCUUACAACGGACAUUGACUUUUUCUGUGAGUAGUGCUUUAUAUGGAUGGGUCACCUCCAGGCUGCUACCAAGACAAACUGAUGGAUAGACAGCUGGAAACUGUGACUGAACACAGAGAAUCUUUCUUCUUUCUUAUUGUAGUUGUUUUUACAAUAAGUUGUGGGGUUUUUUUCACUGAGAACCUGCUUGGGUAAAGGGCAUGAUUGCCAAGGGGCUGGAGAGGGAUUGAAAUAUUUAGAGAUAACAUGGCAUAUGCUUUGAAAUUUUUUCUACCUGAAAUUACAUUUAUACUUGCUGGUAACAUUAAUAGCCUUUGAACUACUGUGUAGUCUUAUUCAAAGUUAUAAAUAUGUAAUGCAUGGGGUAAGACUUCCGAUCUUGGGUUGCAUUUAUUUUUCUCACUAUAAGAGUAUGCUGUAUCCUGUUAAAUAAAAAUGAAGAGAAAAGA